GUUGGCUUGACUACUAAGCGCUGCUGCUGUGGUUAACUCGACCUUGGUUGCUAGCUAAGAAUGGCAGGGAAUGCUUGGAGGUCAGCGAUUGUUAAUCUACUAAGAAAGUGGAGUUUAUCGAGCAAUGGCCAGGAUAAAAUCAAGGCAAAGGAAGUGCCGAGGGUGGCAGCAGCCUUGAAGAAAGACACCAGAAGAUUUUCACGUGACAUGCAUACAGUCACUUUGAUCCCUGGUGAUGGAAUUGGACCAGAGAUCUCCACCGCUGUCAUGAAGAUAUUUGAAGAAGCAAAAGCACCUAUUCAGUGGGAGGAAAGAAACGUUACAGCCAUCAAAGGACCUGGAGGGAAGUGGGUGAUUCCUGCAGAUGCGAAAGAAUCAAUGGACAGGAACAAAAUGGGCCUGAAAGGUCCUUUGAAGACACCAAUCGCUGCAGGUCAUCCAUCCAUGAACCUCCUGCUGAGGAAAACAUUUGACCUCUACGCCAAUGUACGCCCUUGUGUUUCUAUAGAGGGCUACAAGACGCCCUAUACGGAUGUGAAUCUAGUCACCAUCAGGGAGAACACAGAGGGAGAAUACAGUGGCAUUGAACAUGUGAUUGUCGAUGGAGUUGUGCAGAGUAUUAAGCUCAUUACGGAGCGAGCCAGCCAACGCAUUGCAGAGUAUGCAUUUGAAUAUGCCAGAAACAAUAAGAGGACCAGUGUAACUGCCGUUCAUAAGGCCAACAUUAUGCGCAUGUCAGAUGGGCUCUUCCUUCGAAAAUGCAGAGAGGCUGCCGAAAAGCAUAAAGAUAUUAAAUUCACAGAGAUGUACUUGGAUACAGUGUGCCUCAAUAUGGUGCAGGAUCCGACACAGUUUGAUAUUCUGGUUAUGCCGAAUUUGUAUGGAGACAUCCUGAGUGAUCUUUGUGCUGGACUUAUUGGAGGACUUGGAGUGACCCCCAGUGGAAACAUUGGUGCCAAUGGUGUUGCCAUUUUUGAGUCUGUUCAUGGAACAGCCCCAGAUAUAGCAGGAAAGGACUUGGCUAACCCCACCGCCUUGCUGCUCAGUGCAGUCAUGAUGCUACGCCACAUGGGCCUGCACGACCAUGCAAAGAGGAUCGAAACGGCCUGCUUUGACACCAUUCGAGACAAAAAGGUUUUAACCGGAGACCUCGGAGGAUCUUCAAAGUGCUCAGAAUUCACAGAAGCAAUUUGUCAACGAGUGCGAGAUAUUGAGUAGAAGGGCCUCUUUAUUGUUUUUUGGGGGUAUGGCGGGAUCACAUGUAUCUGCAUAUUAUUGACCAAAAAAUAUUUAAACCAGUCUUAGGAUUUGUGAUCCUGAAUGUCUGCUUUUUAUUUGCACUUAAGAGUUCUCUUUAAACCAACUGUUACUUUUUAUGCAAUAUGCAUUUUAUUCCACUUGCUGGCCAUUUGUAUGGUACUAUUGGUCUUACUCUAUUUACUGUAUCUGUAUGGAAAACAACUAUUGUCUAUAUAUUAUGUCUUAUAACUGUAGUCCAAUUCACGCUGCUAUCCAUAUUUUAAUGUCACAUGUACAUGGUCAAGAAAUGGGGGACUUUUCACCCACUUAUCAUGAUAUUAGCAGCUUUGAAUGUACACAAUUAAAACUACUUGCUUUAAAAAUACUACCAUGACAUCAGAAAUGGCUUGGUAUUGUAUUGUGUCAUUUCAGUGCUAUUAACAAAUAAUAGCAUGACACCAGGUUUAGGUUUGGGGGAAACAUUUUGUUUCUCUUAGAUCUAGUGUAUAUUUGUAUUUCUGUUUGCCUUAUGCUCAUGCACAAGUUCCAUGUACAAUAUCUCCACAAAAAUAAAGAGUUAUAUUGAA